AUGCUUACCCUCCUACCAUUCCGCCGCUUUGCGGUACUGGGAUUGAUAAUCGUCCUGGUGAUCCUCUUCGGAUUCAAAGACUCUUCAUUCACACCAAGCUUAGUUCCUCAUUCAAGUCCGGUUUUUCCAUCACCGUCUGGCCUAGCAUCUCUAACAUUCAUUAAAGGCAAAGGAGGCGACGUCCAAGAAGGCGACAUCAUUCCCAAUGUCGUUCACUAUGUGUGGAUUUUGGAUCCAGCCAAAACAACGCCUCAAUUUAAUUUCAAACACUUCUUAUCGAUGUAUUCUGCAUUCCUACACCUAGAACCAGAGAUCAUCUACCUUCAUACAAACGCAAACAGCGAAGCUAUAUCUCGAGCCAAGACUUACGGAAGUUACUGGACGCGAAAAGUGUUGUCAAUAUCACAGCUGGUGGUGCGGGAAGUACAACCUCCCACCAAAACCACAACCGGACUCACGAUCACUGCAUUGGAGCAUCAAUCCGACUUUCUACGCCCCAAUAUACUUUCCCGUUUCGGGGGCAUAUACCUAGAUUUUGAUGUCUUUAUACUACGCGAUUUCCGGCCCCUACGAGAAGCAGGGUUCAAAAACGUUUUUGGUCACGAGCUUUUGGAGAAACCCAACAAUGGAUUAAUGAUGUCUGUGAGAGGAAGCAGGUUGAUGGAUAUUUUCGACAAGGAACAGCACCUUGCUUAUGAUAAGGCAUGGACUACUCAUAGCGUGGAGCUUCUUGCCAGGUUAGCUGCUGCUCUAACGCCCGUUCCAUUUCAGGUUCUAGUAAUGGAGCGUAAAGCAUUUACGCCGGAUGGAUGGCUGCCAGAAGAACAUGCAGCACUUUAUCUCAAUCACCAGAAGACAGAAACUACAAAGGAAUUGAGAGCGGAAGAAGAUCCUCUAAAGAGUCCGUGGGAUAUUGAUCUGGAAGAAUUUUGGAAUGUGUCAAAGAACAGAGUAAAGGAGGACUGGGAAUUAGAUUAUUCCAGUUCAUAUGCAAUGCAUGCAUUCAUUCCCAAAAGAGAUGACCGCCCACCAAAAUGUAGAGAAAUCGAUUGGGCGUAUGUAAUGGAAAGACGAAGUAAUUAUGCGGUGCAGAUGUAUCCAGUGUUGUGGCAUGCAUCCAAGUGGGGGUUUAUUUCUGGAGAUCCUAAAGAUCAUGUAUAA